AUGACCGAUACACAUCGCCUACAAGACAAGGUCGCGAUCGUGACAGGGUCCUCGUCCGGUCUCGGUCGCGCGAUCGCGAUCCGAUAUGCGCAGGAAGGUGCCAAAUUGAUAUGCGCGGAUCUAACACCCACGGCAAGGACACAGGAAGAAAGCUCGGUUACCACGCAGGAGUUGAUAGUGCAGGCUGGUGGUGAGGUGUUAUUUGUACAGACGGAUGUGUCCGACGCAACAGCGAUGGGGAGCGUCGUGGCCGCUGCUGUGAAGCAAUACGGUCGACUGGAUAUGCAGGCCGUUAUAUUUACCCUUCAAGGCCCUUAUCAAUCAUCUGACGUGUUUUUUUUCUUCUUUUAA